UUUUAUGUUAGGAAUAAUUUUAAGGAGGUACUUCUGGACUUUGACAAGGGAUUAUUUGAGAAAGUUCACGGUGUGCCUAUUUAUGGAUACAUCCAGUCAGAUCCGACUUUGAGUAAUGUUUUUAAUAAGGCAAUGUCUAAUUUAAGUUUAAUCACGAUGAACAAGAUACUUGAAACAUAUGAAGGAUUUGAAGAAAUGUCAUUGCUAGUUGAUGUGGGCGGUGGCAUUGGCCAAAAUUUGAAUAUGAUAAUCUCCAAGUAUCCUUCUAUAAAUGGUAUUAACUUUGAUCUACCCCAUGCGAUACGCAAAGCUCCAAUUUAUCCAGGGAUAAAGCAUGUAGAAGGAGAUAUGUUUAAAAGUGUUCCUAAAGGUGAUGCUAUAUUAUUGAAGGUUGUAUUGCACAAUUGGUCGGAUGAAGAAUGUAUUAAAAUUUUAAGUAAUUGCUACGAAGCUUUGCCACAAAAUGGGAAGGUAAUCGUCGUGGAGUAUAUAGUUCCUGAAGAAAUUCACUCCACUGAUGUAGAUAAAAUUGUAACUGGCUUCGACAACAUGAUGCUUCUGAUCAAUGAUGGAAGCGAAAGAACGGAGAAACAAUUUGAGAAUUUAUGCAAACACUCGGGAUUUUCUCAUUUUCAUGUAGCUACUCAUGUCUUAUCUACUCUGUCAGUGAUUGAAUUUCGUAAGUGAAUAAUAGGAAGUUUAGGAUCAUAAACUUGAUUGACUGUACUAUUGAUGAUGCAGUCACUAUGCACUUAUUAAUAUUUGUGCAAAUAAAUGUUACAGAAUAAAUGGUCCAGUUAUAAUUAUAAAAACUUUCAAUAUCACUCUUCGGUUGGAA